UGUUAAACAUCAUUUAGGAAAUAUUUAAAAAAAGAAAAAAAUUCAAAGGGGGGGCUAACUGAGAUGUAUAAUAACAGAGAUUUUAAAUAGAAAUAAUAGAAAUAUACUUGUAGUAGGCCCUGAUAAUACAAUAAAUAAUCUUCCUUAAAUAAAAAUAUAAUUUUCUCUACAGUAGUGUUUCUUAGAUAAUAAUCAACAUAGCCGCAUACCACAAACAUCAGGCAAACUCGGUAUCGAGUGACAGCGAAGAACUGAAUCUUCUAGCAUGUACCAUGUUUUAUCAGAGUAAGCUGUCUAAAGGCAGCUCGCCCUAUAUAAGUGCUAUUUAAGCUCAUGUGUGCAGAGAAGUUUUGCAGAACAGAGGAAGUAUGGGGUGCAGCCAAUGAAGGACUGAAGAAUGAUUGACAAGUGACGAAUUUCACUAAACUCCACCUGUUAAUAUCAGCUGCUUAUAUAAGUUGAAGUCGGAAAAUGUAAACUGUUGCGCACCUCCUGAAUGUAACUCUGGCAUUGCAUUGAGGAUAACAGAAUUCUGUGAAUCGAGUUAUUCAUUUGUAUCCAAUAAUUACUAAAAUUGUUGACAUUGAAGAAAAACCUCUCCUGGCCUUUUUUAUUGAACAUGCCUGGAAUUUAAUAAAUUUUCCACCAAUUUGGCGACUUCGACGUGGAAAAAGCUGGGAAGAAGAAAUUAUUGAUCUGUCUAACUGCACUGACAUCAUUGUCGGUGAAUUAUAAACUGAUUUCUCGGUGUUGCCAUCCUGUCAGACUAAAAUGAAAAGUCUGUACUGAAAAAGUGAAGGAUCAGUGAAAGUCAUAUUUCCUCUGAGAAGCUGAAGACUGCUGAACGGUUGAGCUGGAGCAGCUCUGAGAUGUUCUUCAUGCUCUUAUUGCUCAUCGGGACCCUGUUUGGUCAAGUUCAGGGUUGGUCUGAACCGCGGAUCAGACUGAGCUCUGGUGCUCUGGCCGGCACAGAUGUGAUCCUGGAUUCCGGAUCUCCUCUUCAGCUGGUCUGUGAGGGCGACGGUCCAGUAACGUUUCUUCCCCGUCUGGCCAAACACAAGCGCUACAUUUCCAAAGAAGUGGGGAAAAUACGCAGUUUCCUCGUGGAAAAGGCAACGGUGGACUUCACAGGAACAUACAAGUGCGUCUAUAUGAAUGGAAAUGAUUCAAACUUGUCGUCUUCGGUUCAUGUGUUUGUCCGGGACUCUCGAGUUCUCUUUGUUUCUCCGAGUACGUCUCUGCGUUAUGUGCGGAAAGAAGGUGAAGAUCUGUUGCUCCCGUGUCUUCUGACCGACCCUGAAGCCACAAACUUCACAUUUCGCAUGGACAACGUUUCAGCAGCGCCCUACGGCAUGAACAUCACCUACGACCCCAGAAAGGGUGUCCUGAUCCGCAAAGCUCAUCCUGGAUUUAAUGGUGAAUACAUCUGCAGCGCUAGAAUCAGAGGAAUUGAGAAAGUGUCAAAGAUAUUCUCAAUAAACAUCAUUCAAAGGUUACGUUUUCCACCGUAUGUGUACCUGAAGAGGAACGAGUAUGUAAAACUGGUUGGGGAGAGACUUCAGAUCAGUUGUACGACAAAUAAUCCUAACUUUUACUACAACGUCACAUGGACACACUCCUCAAGAAUGCUGCCCAAAGCAGAGGAGAAAUCAACAAUGGAGGUCGACCAUUUAGCCAUCGAGAGCAUCCUGACCAUCCCGUCUGUUCAGCAGUCGCACACUGGGAACAUCACCUGUACGGGUCAGAAUGAAGCCGGGGCAAACAGCUCCACCACACAGCUGCUGGUCGUAGAGGAGCCGUACAUUCGAUUGUCCCCAAAGCUCUCGUCUAAACUCACACACCGCGGUCUGUCCAUCGAGGUGAGCGAAGGAGACGAUGUGGAUCUCGGGGUUUUGAUCGAAGCGUAUCCUCCUCUGACUUCACACAAGUGGGAGACGCCCACAUCCCAUAAUGCCUCACUUCCAGAGAACAGGUUUUUCAACCAUAACGACAGGUACGAGGCGCUGCUGUUCCUCAAGAGUCUGAACUUCGAGGAGAUCGGCCAAUACACGCUUAAUGUCAAGAACAGCAUGAAAAAUGCCUCCAUUACUUUUGAUAUUAAAAUGUACAAAUCGACAAGUGUAAAAGCCCAGUGGACAACAGGCCAAUCAGAAGACAAAACAAACUGUGACGAGACUCGCGGGCCAUGCCCUCCGCAUUUGCAUCUAUGCCUACUUUAGGCCAUUAAUCCAGACCUGAUGAGCCGCCGCAUCAUCAAGAGAACACGACUCAUAUGCAACUCUGACAUCAUAAAUAAAGCUCUGAAAUCAUUAAUAUGCUCAGACUGCCUUUGAUAAGCCAAACAUUUUCAAGUAAUAAAACAGCGAUUAUACCCCUCCUUUUAAGUGUAUAUUUCACUUACUAGCAGUUAGUAAAUUGGCAAACUAUCAUCUCAAUAACAUUGCAAGAAUUAGAUGCUUUGUUUCCAGUGAAGACCUAAAGAAACUUGUUCAUGCUGUUGUCAGCAGCA